GGUUGACACAAUGAUCGCAAAUGGCGUAUGAACCCUUUCAAUACACUAACCAUUAUUUCUAGUAGUCGUCUGAUCCGUCCACAUUCCGUAUAAUUUGUACACUAGCAAAAGCAAAGAUGUCAGAUUGGGAAGCUUCCGAAGAUGAACUACCUGCCGUCCCUCCAUCGAUAGCAAAGAGACCCGUGAAGAAGUGGGAUGGCGAGGACGAGGAGGAAUCAGAACCUGCUAGCGACUGGGAAGCUUCCUCAGGAUCAGAACAGGAGGAACAGCCUAAAGCCGCCGCAACGGUGGCUCCUCCUAAAAAAAAGGGAACCCUUAAAGCCAAGCUAGCAGAAAAGGAGGCCGCCAAAGCAGCACGCGCAGCUGCAGGUGACGAUGUCGAAUAUGACGAGGAUGCCGUUCUCGAUCCCAGGGAAAAGGCGCGUCUCGACAGAGAGAGGGAGAUAAAAGCUGACCUGGACAACACUGCUGCAUUAUUCGGCGCAGCCGGCCUAGGAGGAACAUCAUCCAAAGAGUUGGAUGCACUGCUGUCGUUCGAACCUAGGACUAAGGAGGACUUCCAGAGUCUGUCUUCCAAGAUCAUCGAAGUCAUCAUCGCACGGCUGCAGAACAAACCCCUCUACCCUACAUUCGUUGAAUACCACGUCCGUCAACUGGCAGAGCCUCUCAAGGACACGGAGGUUCGUAAGGCCGCAAGUGGCCUCACAACACUAGCAAACGAGAAGCAGAAGGAACAAAGAGAAAAGGCAAGUGGGAAGAAGAAAACUAAGACGGCAGCAAAGCCUGCCUUGGGUUCUGUCAAAGCGGCGCAUAAAUUCGACACCGCGGUCUAUGAUGAGCCCUUGGACGACUUUGGAAACAACCCAGAUGACUUCAUGUAGAAU